CGACACCCGACCGGCGCCAAAGUGCCUCCGCUUUUCCCACAGUCCCGUGGCGCUUGCCAGUUGCGUGCCUCGCGAAGUCGCGACUCUAUCGUGAGCUUUCACUUUCGUUUCUGUUGCGCUACGAAAGACGCGCUUGCGAGAUAUACCCCUGUGCCUGCUAUGGGAAGUAAUCAGCUCGCUCCGAAACCUAAAUACCUGGGCAGAAAUGGCUUUCAUGAGCCAGUUCUAAAAGAACUAGACGAGCCGCAGGCGGUUCCGGUCUCGCCAGGACCGAGCGGAGCGGCCAGCGCACCCAAGGCCCAGAGGGAGAAGCGAAUGCGGGCCUUGGUCGAGAAACACAGACAAGUUGAAGACAUGUUGGAGAUCAAGGGCUCGUACUUCCCUGGACUGGAAGCAAUGCAAGCAGGCGCCAAGCCUACAGCUGCGUCAGAUCUCACGUCCCUUAUCCAAGAAACGCAGAAACGGCAUGAGAAAGAGAUCGAGAAGCUCAUGGACCUGCAGACUAAGGAUCACAUUUCGCGCGUCCUUGAUGCAUACCAGAGCGCGGACGGGAUCGUGAACCUACCUGAGCUCAAUAGGUCCAUGGAACGACAAACGUUGCUCUACAUGCCUGCCUUCACGGACGCAUCGUCGGAGUACAACAACUACCGGUAUGCACACCUGUGCACUGUCAACGCGCUGAUUAAGCGGCGGGACGAAUUGCUUGCCAAAGAAGAACGCGAGCGCAAAAUCCGCGACGCCCAGUUUCCGGGGAGCAUCGCACAAUGGAGGUCGGAGAACCCGGACAUCCAGCUCCGCGUCGCCAAAUUCCUCGUGUCUGACAAAUCUGCCAAGGAGCGGAUGCUCUCACAGUUCGGGUGGGCUUGGCGGCAAGUCGAGCCGCUCGAGAAAGACUACGCCACUAAUAAUACGUUUCAAGCGGACAUCAAGGCGCGCGCGUCCGUGAAGAGGAUGUGAAGGAUCCACGCCGCAAGUGAGUUGCCGCAUUCGACGGCGACAACGCGCCGGUGGCAACCAACUGGCAGUUAUAUUGGCUCACAGGUGCUAGUCACUCAUGCACUCAUAUCUUGCUAUCAUGUGUACAGUGACCAUUCACAUGCAUGCCAAUGAUCUUGUCAUGCGUCCAUCUUUGGUGAAAUGCUGCG